AUGGCUAACGUUCGAUUGGGCGUUAUAUUCGCUGCGGUGAUGCUUGCAGCGCUGGUUUGUUUACAGCUAGUCGCGGUGUUCAAACAUGAAGAGCAAUCACCCUCGCCUCAUUUCAGCAGGAACCUCAAUCAGUGGAAAAGUAGGGCGAGUGAAGCUACUGACGACGGGACAUUUCUGGUGGGAGCUGGCAAAGCCGAUGUAACAGGACCCGUGGUGGAAGUCGAUUUUAAUGGCUAUGCUAGUCUAGACCAGCUUGGUACCGGUCUGAAGCAAAGACUAUAUUCCCGCGCCUUCAUUUUUGCAGACCCAAACAAACCAGAGGAUACCUUUGUGUAUCUUGUACUCGACACUCUCGCUGGUGACACUGCCGUACGACAUGGAGUCCUGCAGGGUCUCGCUGCACUUGGUACUGAUUAUGCACGGUACGGCGAACACAACGUCGCAUUGACAGGGACACAUUCGCACUCCGGACCCGGCGCGUGGAUGAAUUACCUACUCCCUCAGAUUCCGACGCGAGGCUUUGACAAGCAGAGCUACCAAGCUAUUGUCGAUGGAACUAUUCUUUCUAUCAAGCGUGCCCAUGAAAGUUUGACAUUGGGACGGCUGUCUUUUGGGUCGAUUGAUUUGGAGGAUGCCAAUACCAACCGCAGCCCUUUUUCGUACGACCACAACCCCGAAGAAGAAAAAGCAAAGUAUUCAGCCAAUGUGGAAAAGACCUUGACUCUCCUUCGGUUUGACCGGAAAUCUGAUAACAAAACGGCCGCGGUUUUGACUUGGUUCCCCGUCCAUGGCACAUCUAUGUACAACAAUAACACCCUGGUGACUGGUGACAACAAGGGUGUUGCCGCCUACCUAUUCGAGCGGAGUAUCACUGACGAUGCAAGAUUUGCCGAUGAUGCUGUUAUUGGAUUCUCACAGGCUAAUGUUGGGGAUACAAGCCCUAAUGUUCUGGGUGCUUGGUGUGAAGACGGCUCGAAUGAGAUGUGUCGGUAUACUGACAGUACCUGCGGCGGAGAAAACGAGCCAUGUCACGGUCGAGGACCCUUCUUCCGUGAAAAAGAUAAUGGCGCAAAGAGCUGCUUCGAAAUUGGACGUCGCCAAUAUUCAGCAGCAAAGAAACUUUGGGAGCAGAUGAAUACGAACCCUAUCAAACUCACUGGGAGCUCCGCUGUCAGGUCUUUCCAUGUGUAUCAGGAUAUGAAUGGUUACACUUUCCAAUCGCCAUUCAACUCGAGUAUUCUCAAGACUUGUCCCGCAGCUUUAGGUUACUCGUUUGCCGCUGGAACUACAGACGGGCCCGGGGCCUUUGAUUUUACACAAAACGCUACCGGUCCAGCUUCAAGCAAUCCUUUGUGGCAAGUUGCGCGAGCAUUCAUUCACCAACCGACUGAAGAACAACAGAAGUGUCAAGGCGCCAAGGAAGUGCUUUUGGAUGUCGGCACUCUCAUAGAGCCGUAUGCUUGGGCGGCAGACAUUGUCGACAUUCAGUUGUUGCGAGUGGGCCAGCUGUUUAUCAUUAUUUCCACCAGCGAGGCUACCACCAUGUCUGGGCGACGCUGGAAGGAAGCAAUAGCCAAAGGAGCCAGGGAGAAACUCUCUGUUCCAGACCCUCAAGUGGUGCUAGGCGCCCCGUCAAAUAGCUAUGCACACUAUGUGGCAACCGAGGAGGAGUACAGCGCUCAGCGCUACGAGGGCGCGUCCACGCUCUUCGGCCCAAACACCCUGGCAGCCUACAUCAACCUGACUCUCACAUACCUGCCAUACUUGGACAAGCCUUCAGUUGCUUUGAACCUCCCAGACAUCAAGCCUGGGCCCAAUCCACCGGUCAACACCAAUCACUCAUUGAGCUUCAUUGCAGGGGUUGUAUACGACGGUGCACCAUUCGGCAAGUCAUUCGGGGACGUGCUUUCAAACCCGGGGAGUGGACCCUUUGGCCCAGGUAACGUUGUCAAUACAACCUUCGUGGGCGCCAAUCCGAGGAACAACUUGCGUCAGGAGUCGACCUAUGCGGCAGUCGAAAGAAAGAACGAUUCCGGUGACUGGGAGGUGGUGCGCAAUGACCGCGACUGGAAUGUCGUGUUUCUUUGGACACGAACCAAUAGCUUGCUUGGCUACAGUGUAGUGACUAUUCAAUGGCAGAUUGAGGAUGAUUAUUAUAGUGUCGGCGACCCGACCCCCCUGCAGGAUGGGACCUAUCGGAUGCACUACUAUGGAGACUCAAAGAAUGCCUUUGGCCAAAUUUCGUCAUUUGAGGGCAUUGGCGGGACAUUUACAGUCCAGGCUUAG